GGCAAACCAAGGAGGGUUAGUUCGGGUCUGUUCGUUUCACUAACUGAGGUUGUUUGGUUCAGUCACUGAAUGCAGUGAAAAGUUUACACAGCUCAUCAGACAGUCACUGAAUGCAGUGAAAAGUUUACACAGCUCAUCAGACAGUCACUGUUUUCAUGGGCCGAGGAACAACUGAGCUGACGAAUGAGCGGACAUUGUUGUUUUUUUCCUCAGGUGUGACUGGCAAUAGGUGAAGGCAACAAAAGUGCCUGCUCCUUUGUAAAGAAACAGAGAUUUGAGAUGAAGAUACCGGACGUGAUUCAAGCCCUCCUCUUGGUCCAAAUCCCUGCGGCCUUCCUCUUCACUGCUGUGUUGGCUCAGUCCGACAGCAGCAGUGUGGUUGUUGCGGGCUACAACGUGAGCGCCCCCACUGGCUCUAGGGUGGUACUGCAGUGUGUGAGCGGGCGCAUGGUGUGGACCAGGGACAGUCUGAAGGACAGACAGAGGGUGGUCCACUGGGACCUGUACCGCCCAGGGCCAGACUAUGCCAUGGAGAGGGUUGCAGACAUGUUCUCUGCUGGAGACCAGCGCAUCUAUAACGGACACAACCAGGGGAGGGUCAGCCUCAGCCAAUCAGCAUUCAACGACGGAAACUUCUCUCUCGUCAUCAGAGACAUUGCGAUAAGUGACCGAGGCCUGUACUCCUGUAACCUGCACCAUCACUACUGUCACCUGUAUGAAACGAUCAGAAUACAGGUCAACGUCACCAAGUCACGUCGGAAGGAGCAGCGGUUCUGGGACGGUCAGAAAGCUGUGUUUGUGGUGUUGGUAGGCAGCACGGUGGUGUUGCCGUGUGUGAAUCGCCGCUCUGUGUGGACAGAAGAUGGCAGUGAGGAGGAACAGCAGGUGGUGCAUUGGGAUCGGCAGCCUCCGGGUGUUCGUCACGACCGUGCAGACCGUCUGAUAGACCUUUAUGCCUCUGGGGAGCAGCGCAGCUACGGACCCCUGUUCCUACAGAGGAAGAUGAACAUUAGCGCUGAGUCCUUCACACAGGGAGACUUCUCUCUGGCUAUCUCUGCCCUGCAGCCAGGAGAUCAGGGUCUGUACACCUGUCACCUACAUCAUCACUACUGUGGUCUUCAUGAGAGAAGACAGUUUCAGCUCACCGUAGGCCCAGCUGAACCUCAGGCUACUGUUGCCCCAAGAGCACUGCCCAACCAAGACAAGGAGGAUAGCAAGGCUGAGGCGCCACGUGUCAUCAACGUCAUCCUGCCUGAUCAGCGACAUCAUUUCCUGCUGCCCCUUGGCUACAUCCUGACGACGCUCCUCCUCCUGGCCUUCAUUGUGCUCAUCAUCAUCAUCAUUACCCACCGACGCAAGACCAAAGUGGUGGAGUUUUACCCACAGACAUCUAUGAGAUCCAACAGGGGUGACAUGGCCACCAAUGAGUUUGAGAUGGACGUUCCUGAAGUCAAGACGUGCAACCAGGAGGAGAAGAAACUAGACUACAAAAACAACCUGCUGAGGGAGAAGGUUCAAAUGUCCACCCUGCCCAAAGUCAUCGACCUGGACAAAGAGAUGGAGAAGGUGUAUUGGAAAUGAGAGGGGAGUCAGCUUGCCGCUGGCUGGUCCAGAGGCAGACGCUACAGACACAGGUUGCAUUCCAAACCAACCCCUAGGCCCUCAGCUACUGGUGUUUCAGUGUACUGUAGGGAUGUCCACUCUCCUCCACUAGUCCCACCUCUACAUUCCACCUCAAGUUAGACCCUUCACUCACAUUUGAUAACCACAAUGGGAUUGUAAAUCUUACUGUAUGCUUCACAGGUGAAACAGUUUGAGCAUAUAUUAUGACAAAAUGUUGUGACGUUUUUGUUCGUUUUGAUGUUCGGCAGGUUCAUGCACACAAAACAUUUUCUUGAGGCAAGUCAAAGUGCGGUAGUCGAAGUCUACACCCCUUUUGUCGGUGAUUGGUCAACUGUACUACUCCUAGUAGGAAUGGGAACUAUUGAAGGGAUUCUUGAAAGAAGUGUUUGUUGUCAUUUUUUCACACAUUUUUUCAUGCGACUAAGACCUCCUCGUCCAAAACGCCAAUUUAUUACAGAUUUCUGGAUUUAUCUUCGUUAAUUCUGACUAUUUUGAGGAAGUGUAUACUGGCUAUGUUGUUGCUUCGGCGUCUCAUGUUUUUUUUUCUUGUUUUUCAAGCGAAGGUCUUUUAAGGGAGUAUGUGAGGCACAGAUGUUUGCUUAACCUAGCCGAGUUCUAGGUUAAGCAAAGAGAACCUAGUGUAUGUAGGCACCUUUAAACAGUUAAACAGCAAUACUAUUACCUUCUUAUUGUUACAAUUAUGUAAUUGGUUGCAAAAACUGCCGUUGUGGGAAGGUAUUUAUUUACAAAGAUGCACAGGGUUUAAAUGACAGGGUUACCGAAGCCCAGAGCUUUUCCCAAGUUAGGAUAGAUGGUUAGGUUUAACUCCAGUCCCUAUGAGGCAGGUACCUGUGUUCUCUCAGCACCACUGAACCCUCUAGAGGGGAGUGAAGACCAUGACUUCUUCAGACAGCAUUACACGCUACAGAUAUAAGUUAUCCUUAGACACAGACCUAGGAUCAACGUACAAUCCCAACAUUAACCAUUAAGAGGGAACAAUGCAAAACUGGCCAUAGAUCUGUUGUCUACGGGCAACUUGAUCCUACUCUGCUUCACAUUCGCAACUACAGUAUAUACAGUAGUUGUUCAUAAAAACCUAUUGUGAGUGAUCAUACUGCCAUCACAUGACUAUAUUGGUGUAUUGUACAGUCACCUUUUGACUGACUAGGUCGUCAUUGUAAAAUAUAACUCGUUUUCAAUGACUUACCUGGCUAAACAGAGAAUAAAAUAAAGUGAUACAAGUGUAAUUGUCUAAUAAAUAAGCCAUUGCACAUGAUGAACUGUUUGUAUUUGUGUACUCUGAUGCUUUAUGUUACUAUUGUAUUGUAUCGUUAAUGGACUGAAUCCCUUAUAUCCGUUAAGUUUCCUGUAUCAUGUCUCCUUGUCUGCAUAACAAAUAGCUUAUUGGGACAAUAAAGAUCUACUCUACCCAACUCUA